GGCCCGGGCGCGCGGCGGCCCCGGCUUUGUGUGUGUGUAUGUGUGUGAGUGUGUGAGUGUGUGUGAGUCUGUGUGUGAGUGAGUGAGCGGCGGGCGGGCGCGAGUGUGGCCGCCGCGGAGCGCGAGCAGGACCCGGCGGCGCGCUCGCAGCCUCUCUCUCCCCGCCAGAACCAUGUCGGGCAGGUCGGUUCGAGCCGAGACCAGGAGCCGGGCCAAAGAUGAUAUCAAGAGGGUCAUGGCGGCUAUCGAGAAAGUGCGCAAAUGGGAGAAGAAGUGGGUGACUGUGGGCGACACGUCGCUGCGAAUCUACAAGUGGGUCCCUGUGACAGAGCCGAAGGUGGACGAUAAAAACAAGAACAAGAAAAAGGGCAAGGAUGAGAAGUGCGGCUCUGAGGUGACCACGCCGGAGAACAGCUCCUCCCCGGGGAUGAUGGACAUGCACGACGAUAACAGCAACCAGAGCUCCAUCGCAGACGCCUCGCCCAUCAAACAGGAGAACAGCAGCAACUCCAGCCCCGCACCAGAGCCCAGCUCGUCCGUGCCCGGCGACGGCACCGGCGCCAAGGCCGAUGAGGCCCAGGCCGAGGGGAAGGAGCUCCCCGGGGCCGAAGAUCCUUCCGACGAGCCGAACUCGCAGUCUUCAGCGGAAAACUCGGUGAACAGCUCAGAGAAGGCCGAGCGGCAGCCGCCUGCCGACGUGGGUCUGGCUGCAGAGGCGUCCUCAAUCUCUCAGGUACCUCGAUCGAGGUCUCAGAGGGGCAGCCAGAGCGGCCGGGCGCCCGCGGGGGUGCCGGGGGAUUUGGAAGGAGGGCCGCCCUCUAAAAAGAUGAAACUGGAGGCUUCGCAACAAAACUCUGAAGAGAUGUAGACGUUCGGUCCAGUCUCCGGUCCGCGUUUCAUGGGAGAUCCUUCAGCAGGCUUACUUCUCCAACUCCCCCGAGUGAGCCCUCGGGUUAGAACUACUAACUUUCCAAGUUUACCAAGUGCAAAUCCAAGAAAACCUAGAACGGCGUGACUUCUCAGACACUGAAGAACUUUCUGCUGUGAAGCAAAACACUCGAAUCUUGAAGCGACUGUCCUUGUGGAGGCGGGUUGACAGCUCAGGAGUGUCAGACACUGUCUCUGAAGCCAAGAUUACAUUUGCGUUGCUGCUGUAUUGUUUCCCCCCACUUCUCUCUGUAACGAUAUAAGCUAUUUGAGGGUGGUACCCAUCAGGAAUUCGCGUUUCGUCGGGGCUUUUCACUGUUCCACCGAUUCCUCCUGCUUUCUUUUUUGUGCCUUGUGCCCUUGAGGUGACCUCUGGCAUGUUUUCCUGGUUGUUUUGCGUCUCCUUUUGCAAAGUGCCGUCUCGGUUUUGUUGAGGCUGCCACUGCCCCGGCCCUCACAUCAAGCUCCUCCCUGCCCCCGGACUUCCAUCGGAACAGAGCAGGCAGGGAGGAGGAGAGCCCGAGGCUGCAGAAGAGGAGGACCGCCCCGGCCACUGCCCAGCCUCUGGGGUCCAAGGAGUCUCAGAUGUCAGGGCACUGUCCCCAAGCGCUGGCCACUUGUUAGGCUCACCUCCUCGGGGCAUCUGAGCCUGGUGUUUCCAAGCGUCCCAAAUGGACAUGCAGAACCCUUAGAUUGUUCUGGCACCUCCACCCUCUGCCCCCACCGUACUGCUUCCUCCAACGCCCCUGAAGAUGGACGGGCCCCUACGGCUGACGGCAGGAUUAUCUCACGACAAUAAAAGGGUUGAGGAGGCCACAAGCAGACGGCAGGCGUAGCUGGUGCUGAACUUCCUCUCGUAGGACAGGACGUCCCCCUGAUUUCAAAUCCACUGUUACCUGCUGCCCUCUGCCUCGCCAGGUCCCCCGGCCCCGCCUCAGGGUGGCGGGUGAUGCACAAGAUGGCAGACCAGGAAAUCCGCGUGCUUCUGCGCCACGCUCCGGGCACCACGGAGCCCACAGUCGCAUCCUGUCUCAUUCCCAGGACACCCUGUCGAGGGUCGCCAGCCAGGAGCCGGCCUUGAUGGUUCGGCUUCAGAGGCCAGAGGGAGGCACCCAGGAGCUGGACAGCUUUGCCCACCUGCAGGAACGGGCUGUCAGAGCCCUGCCCUCACCCCCACCUGCCCGGGGGAGCUCCCCUCACUCAAACGGAGCUGCCCCUUGGACCAACUGCCGACGUGUUUGGUUCUGAGGUCUGGUUGCUCUUAGUUCCUUGGACUCUGCAGACCUUAGCCCUUUUCCAGAGCUUUCUUCACUGCACUGGAGUUCCAACUCCCUCUUGAGUUGUGUGUGGUUGCGGGGAGGGGGCGUUGGCAGGGUUUUGUUGGUGGUUUUCUGUUUCUUUUUUGUUUGGUUUUUUGCUAACCGGUGCAUAUUCAGGUACCACCGCUGCUGCGGGGCUCGCUCUCCUCCCCUGACCACCGUGGAAAUGUCUGCCAGACCCCACUUUCUAAGAGUUUCUGAGGGUGAGGCUCUCGCUUUAUUUUUCAAGGGGGCCGAUCUAUUUCCUGCACUUCAAGAAGAAUCAAAAUGUUCCUGAAUUUCAAAUACCUCAUGCAAAAAUGUCUCCUGAAAUAAGGGAAAACAAACAAACAAACUUUGGAAAUCUCCAAUGUUGAAGUGAGCGGUGGCCGAAAGGUUUCUUAAACAAAAACAAAUCCUUGUCGGUGUGGCCCGUCGGGCAAUCAGUUCUCCCGAGAACUGGGCUCCACGUCACCUCUCGGCGGCUCUCCAGGCGGCUUUACCUCCAGAUUCUGUAGAGUUUGAGUCACGUUUUUCUUUGCAGCAAAACUCCAUUUUGAGGAAAGAUGAGUUUGGAUGUUUAUUUCCUGCUCUUUCUGGGAAACGAGAGGUGACAAGCAGAACAGCUGAAGGUGUGUCACGCGCGCAGGUACUCAAGAGUGUGCCCGCGUCCACGGAAACAGCAAGCCAGCCAGGGUCCCCUACGCCCCUUCUGUUGGCCUCUCCGGACAGGCAAGGGGAGUCGGCGCCAGCACAGCACGGAGGCCGUCUUUAGUUUUUCUCUGAAGUGCCUGAAGGUAGGGACGGGCCGGUGGUCGGACGGACUGGGCCCCGCCGAGGCCACACCAGGCGAAGCGCCAGCGGCCUGCGCCCGGCACUGGCCGGGAAGGCCUUCCACGGUGGACAGCGAGCCUGCAAAAAUCCAGAUGUGCUUCCUUCCCCGCAGCCCGCUCCUUGGAGCCGCUGUCGCCCGCCCCCCGCGCCCCCCCGCCCUCUCCCACCACGGAAUCUAAGACCUUGCGGCUGGCCGAGCCAGGGCGGGGGUCCUCAGCGAAUGCCUUCCGCGGACACCAGGCCCCGCGGCCUUAAGGGCUCCCAGGGCAAACUCACUCCCCGCGAAACUGGAAGUUGGGGAAGCUGCGGCUACACAUUCCACAAAGUGCUGGCACUUAGCGCCCAUAACUCGGAAGGCAGUUGACCGACACAUAGGGUGGGGACCUCCCAUUACAGAUGACGUCAUGGUUUGGAAUGCUCAUUAUGGCCAAGGACCUGGUUAGAGGUAUAAAGACUUAUUCACAUUAUCUAAUUUUUUUUCUCUUAUUUUUUUUUGGUGUGUUGUACAGCAGUAUAAUUUUUCACUUAUUUAUUCCAUCAGUAGAUAUGGUUUGUACAAUGUACAAUGGUUCCAUUUCAGAAAAUAAAAAA